GUCAUCGUUUUCAGCGGUACGAUCAUUAAGUCAUUGUACUUUUCGAGAAUGCUCGGCGACGACGAGAAAACCAAAAUGAAAGAAGACAAUUCAGAGGAUAAAAAAGAGACCCAAACACCCAGAAAAGGGGGCAAAGUUAAGUUCACUGUAACACCAGUUCACUUAGAGGAUGUAGCAGGCCCAUCAGAUAGGCUCCAAAACGGGGAGAUUAACCAAGUCUGUACGCCCGAGAACACAGAGGAUGAGGCCUCCUGCGACAAUGAAUCUCUGACACAGAACAGUAUCACUAGAAUACUGUCUUCAAAAUUCAAGGAUUUUAAGAAAUACAGAGAAAGUGAAAAAGAUGAAAAAACAUCAAAUGACCCAAAUAGCCCACAAGACAAACAGAAAAGCCCUCUUCUUGUUUCAAAGCGGACACGUACAGCUAAACCACCACCACCUGCUGGCAAGAAGAGACCAGAUCUUAUCCGAGAAGAAUCUGAUUUGUCAGAUCAGCUGACAACCCCGGAUAAAGUGGGUACAGUGGUGGAAACCAGUAAUAAGCCGCAGAAAUAUGUUACCAUAGCGAUGCAAGACUGGUAUCCAGGCGACGGACAGGGUGACACAAUCACUUCUGCUCAGAGUAGUAUAACCCGGUUGCUGUCUAAGAAAUUUAGGGGAUUUAGAAAAUAUGUUGUGGAAAGUGAACAAUUUGCUCCCGAGGAGAGACCAGAGGUUCUAAAACCAAUGAAGAGGCUGGUGACCACUUACGAGGGUCUUGAUUAUGAAAUUAAUGAGAACUCAUUGUUUCAAGAAUAUCAGAACAGUUUAGAAUAUAAGAAUAUACAAUGGCAGUGGCUAAGCAGAUGGAUUGUAAUGUUUCUUAUUGGUUUCUGCACAGCACUAGUGGCCGUUGGCGUAGAAAUGUCUGUGGAUUAUAUAGUUCAUUAUAAGUUUCUUGCUCUGCAAACAUUAACAGAUGAAUGCACAGAUUCUCAGACUCCAGGCUGUCUUGCAAUCCCUCUGGUGGUGUGGGUGGUAAUCAAUUGUUUCUGUGUUGUCUUGGGGUCAGCACUAGUCACAUAUCUAGAGCCGAUGGCUACAGGGAGUGGCAUCCCACAGGUGAAAUGUUAUCUGAAUGGCAUCAAGAUGCCAGGUCUGAUGACCAUCCGAGCCUUGCUGGCUAAGGCUGUGGGUGUGGUCAUGUCCAUAUGUGGAGGGUUGGCUUGUGGGAAGGAAGGGCCUAUGAUCCACUCCGGUGCCAUAGUGGCGGCUGGUAUUUCUCAGGGACGAGCCAGGAGGUGCGGCCGCAGGUAUGAUCCAAGGAUUUUCAAGUUUUUGCGUUCUGAUCACGAAAGGCGGGACUUUGUGUCAGCAGGAGCAGCUGCAGGCGUCGCUGCAGCAUUUGGUGCCCCUAUAGGUGGCGUCUUAUUCAGUCUGGAGGAAGGUGCAAGUUUUUGGAAUCAAAUGCUAACCUGGAGAAUGUUAUUUGCCUCCAUGACAGCCACUUUUUCUGUCAACAUUAUUCUAAGUGCCAUUCACGGUAAUGCUGCUGAUCUCUCCAAUCCAGGACUGGUCAGUUUUGGACAGUUCACCGACAUAACAUAUGAUACAAUAGAAUUCCCAAUAUUUAUUCUUAUGGCAGUGUUUGGGGGCCUUACAGGGGCACUGUUUGUAAGGAUGAACUACCACUUGUCUAUAUUUAGGAGAAAAUUCGUCAGAAAAAAAUGGCUGAAAGUGUUGGAGGCAGUGGUGAUAGCGGCAGUCAGUGCAGUGACGGCCUAUUUUCUUGUUUAUACUUGGCAUGGUUGUAAAGAUAGUUUGGAGAAGAAGGAUAUUCAUGAUGAUAUGGGUGUGAAGUUAUUUUGUGACUAUGCAGAGAAGAAUGAGUUUUCUGUGAUCUUUUUCAAAUCUCCAGAAGGCAGUUUGAAAGGCAUGUUACAUGAUGAAAAUUUUGAGCCAGGGACUUUAGCACUACUGGCUGUGUACUUUUACUUUCUGACCUGUUGGACGUAUGGUCUCAGCGUGUCGAGUGGUGUCUUUAUCCCCUGUCUGCUGACUGGUGCGGCAUGGGGGAGGCUAGUGGGACAGGGCCUUCACAGACUGAUACCUCACUUGGUCCAGGUGGGUAGUGGGUGGUCAGUGGGAGAGAGAGAGGUGUUAACAGACUGUUGCAGGCAUGUGAUGGCACGCCGUGUAGUGACCUUGAACUCUUUGGAAAAAGUCGGCACCAUGAUUGACAUGCUUAAAGAUCGUAAGAAGCGACAUUCAGGUUUUCCUGUUGUGGAAGCUAUUGAUGGAGAAAAGGUGAAGCCUAAGACAUACGGCAAGUUGAUAGGAUUUAUGCUCAGGUCACAGCUCACUUAUCUUCUAAGAGAAAAGGGCCUUAGUUUUUCCAAUGGUGUUGCUACCCCUAAACCAUUCAGUCUCCAAGACUUCAUGGAUGCCAAGUCUAGAAAUCUUCCUGUAGAGAGUAUGUUGACAGAUGAGGAGAGAGAAUGUGUCCUUGACCUUAAACCUUUUAUGAAUCCAUCUCCCUUCAGCGUGGCAGAGAUUGCGUCACUUCCCAAGGUCUUCACUUUAUUUCGAGGUUUGGGACUCCGCCAUCUUAUAGUGGUUAAUGAUGAUAACGAGGUGAAAGGCAUUAUAACAAGGAAGGAUUUAGCAAAGUACCGUACCAUUGAUAAGAAAGGAAAGUUAAACGUAGUGGAACUGGACAUGAAAGAAUGGUAGUGAUAGCCAAAGAAAUCCAACCAAGGAGUGCCACAAAUCAAAGCCAAUGUUCCACAGUAUGUCUUGUGGUUUUGUUCACACUCGCCCGUCUCCGUGAUCAGUAGAGAAAUAUAAAAACAGAUAAAAUGAAUCUGAAAAACAGAAUUAUAGCACUCUAGUCUUGCUUCAUGAUAAUGGGAAAAAAUCAAAAUCUCCACUGUGGUGUUUUAGUCAUCUUUUGGGGUUUUUAGAUUUAUCAGCAGAUCAAGGUAACAGCCAACUAUGAUUUUGUUUUCUUCAUCCUGUGACAGUCCUGCUUGAAGAGGUCAUUACAUCACUGCCAUGUCCAGUCAUAUCAGUACACCAAGUGUACAUAGACCAAAAAAGAUGUCUCUUUUUUUAUAAAGUUACUUAAAUCAACGCCAGUAAUAUUAAGAUUUAAUUUACUUAUAAAAGCAGCAUUUUUCUGAGAUGCUCAUUUGUGCUAAAUCUACUUGUUUUAAAUUUGUUUACAAAUAUAUUGGGAUACUGUUAAGGGCUUUAGGGCCAAGGUAUCAUUUUGUAAUAUGAAUUAUUCAAAAUAUUGUUUAUAUUUGUCUUUAAGUGACCUGUUUGUAUUUGUAUUCAUGGGACCAAGGGUUUGUCUCAUGUAAGGAGAUAAAUACAAGUAACAGGCAUAUAGACUUAACAAAUCAUCAUAUUGCAGAAUAAUUUUAAAGCUUUUGGUAUAACUUUUGUUCAAGUUAUUUAUUCAUAUUAAUGGUAGUAAUUGAGACUAAAAUGUAUUUAUGAACUCUGGCCCAUUAGUUUUGAAUCCCUGUAGACCUGUUUUCUGUCAUGAAGCUUUCAUUUAUAGUUUUUAAAGACUGUCUUGUAAGUAUUGAUGCUUUGUAGGAAAAGGCGUUAUUUUCUUUCUCUCUGUGCGGUUAUCACUUCAAUUUGUUUUCCACCUUUUAUUAGGAAUGUUAUUAUUAUUUGCAUUUAUAGUAUUAAGAUUAUUUUCCAAUUUCCAUUUU